UGUUCUUUCUCUCUUUCGCUACACGUUGAAACCCUUGCACCAAACCUAACCCUAACCCUAGUAACUAGGUCACCAACUCGAAUCAUCAAGAAGGGAGCAAAACCGAGGUCUAAGCCGAAGAAAGCUGAUGCCAAGCUCUCCAUGAAUAAGAAACGUGGUGCUUCCACGAAAGCAGUAGGGGCGUCGACUAAGAAGGGAAAGGCAGCGAAGGACCCUAACAAGCCUAAGAGGCCUGCCAGUGCCUUCUUCGUUUUCAUGGAAGAAUUUAGGAAGCACUUCAAUAAAGAUCACCCUGACAAUAAAUCAGUCUCUGCUCUUGGUAAAGCUGCUAGAGCGAAAUGGAAGUCUCUGUCUGAGGCCGAGAAAGCACCAUAUGUAGCAAUGGCCGACUAUGAGAAGAACAUGAAAGCCUAUAAUAAGAAACAGGCUGAAGGUGCCAAUGCAGCAGAGGAGGAAGUAGAGUCUGAGAAGUCAAUGUUUGAGGUGAAUGAUGAUGAGGAUUUUUCUCCUUCUCCAGCACGUGCAAAGGAAACUCAUGCCCAAGAGCCCUCUUACAAUAAGGGUGUUCAAUACUCUCACUCAAUGCCUACUCUCAGGCACGUUUAUUUUGAAAAAGUGGCUGAAUCUUUGAAGUCGUGUAAUUCGAAGGAGGAAGGUGUUGUUGAAAUUUUGGGGUGUUUAGGAAAUAGACACCAUAUUACACUCAACCUAUUUUUGAAAAUGUCAAUUAGAAGUGGUGUCAAGUCCUAGUUUCUAAUGCGCCUAUGUAGAUAGGGCAUACUGACUUUGUAAUUGGCAGUUAUUGCCCAUUCUUGGAUUAAUAGUACUU